CAGUCAAUGGACGCACCAAUGUUGCCUGCUGGAUUUAGGUUUGAUCCCUCAGAUAGACAACUGAUACUUUACUAUCUGACGAGAAAGGUUAGAACACCUUGUUUCAAGGUCCCAUACAUCAAGGAAGUUGAUGUCUAUAACUCUCAUCCGAGAGACCUUAUUACUCAAGCUCAUGGCGGAGAUGGAUCAUCAUCAUCCACAAGAAGAAAUAAAAAUAUGAAUCAAUAUUAUUACUUUUUCACGCAGAGGAAGAGAAAGCAUGAACAAGGAAAGUCUAGUAGGGCAAGUCGAGAAGUAAAAAAUGGAGCAUCGUGGAAGGCUAAUAGUGGAGAACAGAAUGUGAAAGAUUACAAAUCUGAUAAAGAGAUUGGUCUUAAGACGACUCUUGUCUAUUAUAAAGAUAAAAAUCCAAAGUCUAAAACCAACUGGAUAAUGCAUGAGUAUCGUUUAACGACCCAAGAAUCCAUACAGCAGCCAUAUGAGUGGGUAAUAUGUAGAGUAUAUAAGAGGACUUGGGGGGUGAAGAAUAAGGAAGUUGGUAAAGAUGAUGAAGACAUGCAUGAAGUUCCUGAAGCUCCUACAAUUGAUCAGCAAGAAAAUGGAGUACAACUGCAAGAACAAGAGGACAAAUGCUGCAUUAAUAAUCAACAAGGUGAUGAUGGUGAAGAUUCAUGGUCAUACUAUGUGAGUCUCUUGCCAUCGCAUAUUGAAGAAGAUUUUUCUGAAGUAGUCAACCAUCAUGGUUUGAGCAGCUCUAUACAAUGA